UGGAAAUCUGUAAAAUUGUAAAGCUCGCUUUUUUUGAAAUUUCAAUCAUCAAGUUCUGUUAGCUGCGAAAAGUGCUCUCUAGAUCCUCGAAAAAGGCGAUUUGCAAGUAUCUGAUAAAGAACGGCAAGCCGCCUCGGACCAGUCGUUGAAGGAGGUAUCACAACUGAUUGCUUCGAUGGUGGUAAAUCCAGAAACGAAACGUCCCAUACCGCCAUCAGUAAUCGACAAAGCUCUGCACGAAAUGCAUUUUUCGCUAAAGCCGAAUAGGAGUGCGAAGCAGCAGGCACUGGAAGCGAUUCCCAAGCUUCGCGAAACUAUCCGUAUCGAACGUGCAAAGAUGCGUAUUCGUAUAUCGAUGCCAUCACAUGAAGCCAAACUUACACAUAAUCGUCUAAAAGCGCUAUUCAGUGAGGUGGAAAUGGAAGACUGGGCUGAAGGAGGACUGGAAAUGGUAAGAAGUUUUGGUUUUUUGAUUGUA